AUGACUCGAGAAGCCACAGCGCCUGGCGCCCCGGGCGGUAACAAGGUGACGCGUGCCGAGGCGAGCGGUUCAGGCACUCAGGCUCGCCCAAACUCUGCCGUACAGCAUCCACGCUCGGAGGAUGUAUCGGCAUCGACGGCUCCACCCGCGAAGCGUGCGCGGCCCAACACGUCAGUGUUUGUAAGUGGCCUUCCGCUGGAUGCAAGUGCGGCUGAGAUUGCUGAAGUCUUUGCUCGAUACGGCGUCUUGUUGGAGGACGACGAUGGGCAUCCACGUGUAAAGAUGUACCAGGAUCCAGAGACGCGUGUCUUUAAAGGCGAGGCACUUGUCGUUUACUUUAAGCCCGAGAGUGUGGAUUUGGCAGUCCAGCUGCUCGACGACACGUACCUGCGUGCGUCCAAAGGCAUUUUGACAGGUCCAUGUAUGAAAGUGCAGCGAGCCGAGUUUCAUCACGAUCCAGGACGCGAGAACGACGAGCGACGAGCGCCGCUCUCUGAGGCUGACAAGAAGAGCAUUCGACGCCGGAUGAACCGCAUGCACAACAAGAUCAACGACUGGGACUCGGACUCCGACUCAGAACGGCGUGCAGCUGCCGGGCCCGGACCAUCUGCACGUACUGUGGUCUUGAAAAAGAUGUUUACGCUUGCUGAGCUGGAUGCGGACCCCACUCUCCUGCUGGAUCUGAAGCAGGAUGUGCGUGAGGAAUGCGAGACGCUCGGCGAUGUCACGAAUGUCGUGCUUUGGGACAAGGAGCCUGAGGGCCUCAUUAGUGUCCGGUUCCGUGAACCGCAUGUUGCGCGUGCGUGUGAGCAGCGAAUGCAUGGCCGUUACUUUGCAGGACGACAGAUCACUGCUAUGCGUGUGGACGGUAAGCCAAAGUUCCGCCGAUCAGCCCGACAUGCUGGAAGUGGAAGCGGCGUUGGUGACGAUGAUGACGACAAUGAAGAUGAGCGGCAUGACGCUUUCGGCGCAUGGCUCGAGCAGACAUAG